AUUCUUUCUUAUUGUUUUAUCGUUUCUAUUUGUAGUUUGAAAUGUAACUAGUUCUCUUAAAUUUAUAUUAUGACCCAUGGGUACUUGCUAUUCGCAACAUCCAACAUCUAGUGUCAAUGAAAACGACAACUACUUUCCAACUGUCGGAAAAAAUCGUCCUCUCCGUAAAAAGCUGCCCACAUACGUCCCUAACAAAAAUAAUCACCAUCCACAUAAAUCUUUGACCCACUCCAGCCUACUUGCUAUGCGAAACGAAUUUUGGGAUACUGCCCCGGCCUUUGAGGGUCGAAAAGAGAUUUGGGACGCUCUUAAGGCCGCGUCGGAAGCUCUCCUAAACAACAAGGACUUUGGUAUGGCCCAAGCUAUACUGGACGGUGCCAAUAUAACUCUUCCUAGAGGAAGCCUAUCUGAAUGCUACGACGAACUAGGAAACCGCUAUAGGGUACCGGCUUAUUGCCUUACCACACCUCUCAACCUUAUCUCCCCUUCCGUAUCCUCCUUCAAAGACAAGGAAGAAAACAAUAGCGUGGGACCUUGUGGGGUCGGUUCCUCUAAACAAACUCAAUCGCGAAACCAGGAUAGAAUUAAUGUCGAAGAGUGCCAAGAGGAAAAGAAAGGGGAUUCUCGGCAAAUCAAGCAAUGUUGCAUACCCGAUAAUGAUAAUCAAAGCCUCCCUCAAAAGAAUCUUCCGACCCCGCUUUAUUCCUUUCUGACUCGUACUCCCCUAGCUCUAGCAUUUCUCAAAAGGAGAGGCGUAGUAGACGUCAGCGCCCUUUGCGAUAAUGAGGAUAAAAUUCAUCUUCCGCCCUCCUCUCUCAUCCUCAAACUUAGGUUGGGAGCCGGUGGAACUGACACAGAAUUGGUUUGCCACCCCCACAGCACUAUUGGUGAAGCUAAAAAGGCUUUGGCUAGGAGUCUCAUUUCGCCCACGACCGGCAAUCGAAACUUCAAUAAUCGUAAAACCAGCGAGUCUGAUGAAAAGGAGAACAUCGAAACCGGAGCUGACGCAUUAAAGACUUCUCACACUGAUCCCACAAAUUCAUCUCAAAAAGUUUGGCAUUGCAACGAUGCAUUGCUUCCUUAUUUUCAAAUUUCUUCUCCCCUUUUCGAUUCGGUCAAAGGCAAAAAUGAAACCUGCGAUCGACUGGCCCUUCCGAAACUCAGUGUCAACAGCUUAGCUUCCGCGCAAAAAUGGCUACUAGCUGGUAAAGUAUUGAGUAACAAAAUAACACUAGAACAAGCUAAAAUACCCAAGGGGUUUGUUAUUCAAGUCGCACUUUGUUAUUAAAGACCUUGAAAAUUCAUUUUAAUUUAAAUACUCCAUAUAUUUUUCUAAAAGUUAAGUAAACUUCAUAUUUAUAUCGCGUUUUAUUAUUCAAGCAUCUAUGAAUUAAAUUGGUGACAGGAAUUGGAAACAUUUCUCAA